CGGCUGCAGUGCUGCUCGCAGCCUGCGUGCAGCCUGGGAAGUUGCAGUUUGGUUACGAAACCACCAUUUCAGCACAAGAGCUUUUCUAGGGUUCAAUUUCGUGGGCAUUCAUUCUCUCUAUUGAUGCAUGCAUUUUGGGGGCGAUACGUACCUUCCUCUUUCUGGGCGCCAUCGUUGAGCAAGAAGCGAGCGAAAACUUGUAUUGUCUGUAAGAAUUAGCACAAGAGAAGCUCUAAGAACCAGACGCGCUGACAACAAAAUCUCAUCUCUCCGUUCUGCAUUUACGUAGAAACUUAAUUAGACUUUGUUGUGAGUCUAGCACUAGCUAUGGCGGACUAUUUCCCCGCCCCGGGGCGGAACCACCUGUUUGUGCCGGGCCCCACAAACAUCCCGGACAAGGUGAUUCAGGCAAUGGCGAGGAACAAUGAGGAUCAUCGGUCCCCGGCAUUCCCCACCUUAAGCAAGACCUGCCUAGAAGAUGUCAAGAAGCUGUUUGCAACCGAGAAGGGCCACGCAUUCAUCUUCCCAUCCACAGGGACCGGUGGGUGGGAGAGUGCUCUCACCAACACGCUGUCCCCCGGUGACAAAAUUGUCUCGUUCCGUGUCGGCCAGUUCAGCCUGCUGUGGAUUGACCAAAUGCAGCGGCUCAACUUUGACGUUGAUGUUGUCGACAGCGAAUGGGGCGCGGGCGCAAACCUGGACGUUUUGCAGUCCAAGCUAGCUUCCGACCACGGGCACAAAAUCAAGGCGGUGUGCGUGGUGCACAAUGAGACAUCCACGGGCGUAACCAACAGUAUUGCCAAAGUCAGGGAGAUCUUAGACCGCAACCGCCACCCGGCGCUCCUGCUAGUGGACGGCGUCAGCUCAAUUGGUGCCAUUCCGUUCAAGUUCGACGAGUGGCGGGUAGACGUGGCGCUCACAGGCAGCCAGAAAGCCUUGUCCCUGCCCACCGGGCUUGCCGUUGUCUGCGCCAGCCCCAAGGCUCUGGAGGCGGCCAAGCACGCAAAGAGCACGCGCGUGUUCUUCGAUUGGGGCGACUACCUCAAAUUCUUUGAGAAUGGCACCUACUGGCCAUAUACGCCGUCCAUCCAGCUGCUCUAUGGGCUUCGCGCUGCGCUCGACAUCCUUUUCCAGGAAGGGCUAGACCAGGUGUAUGAGCGGCAUCACCGCCUUGCGGAAGGCACCAGGCGCGCCGUUGCUGCGUGGGGCCUGAAGCUGGCAACCAAGGACCCCCAGUGGAAGAGCAACACGGUGACGGCCGUGAUGGUGCCCCCCGGGUUCGACAGCGGCGAAGUCGUCAAGGUCGCCUGGAAGAAGUACAACCUCAGCCUGGGGGUCGGGCUCAAUAACGUCAAAGGGAAGCUCUUUAGAAUCGGGCACCUGGGCAGCCUGAACGAGGUAUCCAUCCUCGGCGCUUUGGCCGGCGUUGAGAUGACGCUGCGGGACGUCGGUAUCAAUGUCACUCCGGGGAGCGGCGUCGCCGCUGCGGUGGAAUAUUUCCGCAGCACGACCCCCAUGAUCAAGUCGCGGUUGUAAAGUUGAUGUAAAAAGCAGUUUCAGAUCCUUGUCAGCCAUUGGAGCUACUUGGGGCGAUUCUUGUUGUUGGGAGACGUUCCUGCGGGAUGCAGUAAUUGUAUGCGAGUUGUUUAUGAGACGUUUUGCAAUCCGUUUCCUCCCAUGCGGGGUUGAUGUAAAGCGCUGGGCGUGUUGGUAUGGACUCUGUGUAGGUGCGCAACAGUUUGACGCUGACUCUGAUAUGCCGUUGCUAGGUAACAAAUCUUUGCAACUUAAUCCAACAUAUCUUGGACAGUAAUCACGACUCACAUUGGAAGUAUGCUUUCGAUUGCUCUCAGGUAAGGGAUUCUAUCGCAUCCUG